UCUUCCUAGACUGCAAACAUGGAUAACCAGUACCUUGUCUCAUUGGAAGAGACUUUGAGAAAGACAUUAGUCCCAGAUUCUAAUGUCAUCAAGCAAGCUUCACAAUCCUUGACCAAGGAUUUCUACACCAACCCAUUGGCAUUGCCUGCUUUGUUCCAAAUCUUGCAAAGUGCACAAGAUGACGAAAUGAAGCAAUUAGCCUCUGUUGAAGCCAGAAAGUUAGUUUUGGCCAAUUGGGAAAAGGUCGAUGCUUCCACCAAGCCUGCUAUUAGACAAGCUUUGUUGGAAAACACCUUCAAACAACCAUCUAAGCUCAUCAGACACUCCUCUGCUAGAGUUGUUGCUGCUAUCGGAGAAAUUGACUUGGAGAACAACGAAUGGGCUGAACUUUUGCCAACUUUGGUCAGCGGUGUCAAUGAUUCUGAUGCCCAAACCAAGGAAAUGGCCGCCUACACCUUAUACACUCUUUUAGAAACUCAAAUUCCAGCUUUGGCCCCACACAUCGACGAUUUCUUGACCUUGUUCGCUGGUUUGUUGACCGACCAAACUUCUAGAGACAUCAGAGUCAACGCCGUUUUGGCCUUGGAUGUCAUCUCCCAAUUCAUUGAGGAGGACAGUCAAAUCAACCCUCAGGUUGCUUCUAAGUUCAGAGAAUCCAUUCCCCACAUGGUCGAAGUCUUGAAGGAAGUCAUUUCUAACGAUGACUCUGAGAAGGCCAAGGAAGUUUUCAACGUCUUCAACAGUUUGAUCUUCUUGGACACCAAAUUGGUUGGUGAUUAUUUGAUCAACUUGAUCCAAUUCAUUGCUGAAAUCGCUUCCAACACUCAAUUGGAUGAAGAAUACAGAACCUUCGGUUUGCAAUUCUUGAUCUCUUGUGUCAACUUGAGAAAGUCCAAGAUCUCGUCUAACAAGCUUGGUCCUCACCUCAUCCAAAUUGCUGUUCAAAUCGCUUCUGAAGAAAUUGACAUCGAAGCUGAAUUGGACAACGAAGACGAAGAAAACGAAAACGAAGAAAACAGUCCAUCCUCCUUGGCCUUGAGAUUGAUCUCUGCUUUAUCUGGUGAAUUGCCUCCAUCUCAAGUUAUCAACCCAUUGUUCGAAGUCUUGCCAAAGUUCUUAGCUUCUUCCAACCAAUUCGAAAGAAGAGGUGCUUUGUUGAGUAUUGGUGUUGCUUCCUCUGGUGCUCCAGACUACUUCUCCACCCAAGUUCCAAAGAUCAUUGGUGCUAUUGUUGCCGGUCUUAAGGACUCUCAAAUGAUUGUUAGAGUUGCCGCUUUGAGAGCCUUGUCUAGUGUCACUUCCGACUUGCAAGACGUCAUUGCUUCUCACCACGAACAAUUAUUGCCUUUGAUCAUCGACAUUAUUGACUCUGCCACCUCCGUCAUGACCUACAAGUAUGCUUGUUACGCCUUGGAUGGUUUGAUCGAGUUCAUGAGCCACGAUGCUAUGGGAUCUUACAUUGAGCCAUUGAUGAACAAGUUGUUCCACAUGUUACAACAAGCUAACACUUCUUCCCUCAAGUCUGCUAUUGUCUCUGCUAUUGGUUCUACCGCUUUUGCCAGUGGUAAGACUUUCACUCCAUACUUCAACAACUCCGUUCAAUACUUGGAACCAUUUAUCAGCAUCCAAGAAACCGAAGGUUUGACUGAAGAUGACAUUGAAUUGAGAGCCAUGACUUUCGAAAACAUUUCCACCAUGGCCAGAGCUGUUGGCUCUGAAUCUUUCUCUGUCUAUGCUAAGCCAUUGGUUGAAGCUGCCUACACUUCUUUGAACUCUGAACACUCCAGAAUCAGAGAAUCUGGUUUUGCUUUCAUCUCCAACAUGGCCAAGGUUUACGGUAAGGAGUUUGCUGGUUUCUUGGACCAAAUUGUUCCACAAAUCUUGAAGUGUUUGGAACAAAGUGAAUACACCUUCAAUGUUGAGGACUUCGACGAGGAUGCCGAAGACGAGGACUUGGCCAAUGGUCUCAAUGUCCACACUGGUAUCACCAUUGAAAAAGAAAUUGCUGCUGUCGCCUUGGCAGAAUUGGCUACCGGUACCGGUACUGACUUCGUCAAGUACCUUGAACCUUCCAUCAAGACCUUGGCUGAUCAAAUCGAAAACUCUUACGGUAUGAGAGACUCUGCCAUGAACACCUUGUUUAAGAUCACCAAGGCCAUGUUCAAGGCUCACUACGGUGACAACUUCAAGGCUCCAAAGGGUGUUCCAGCUACCUCUUACGUUGACCCAUCUAUCUUACAAUUGAUCCAACAAGUCAGAGGUAUUGCUGUUCCUCUCUUGGAAGAAGAAUUCGAAAUCUCCAUGGUUAUCUGUAUCUUGGACAGCAUUGCUGACAGUCUUUUCACCUUUGGUUCUAUUGCACUUAUUGACGAUGCUAACAACACCGAGGCCUUAGAGAAGGUCUGUGUCCAAUUGAUGACUAUUUUGAAGAAGGAACACCCUUGUCAAGUUGAAGACGAAGAAGGUCCAAGUGACGAAGAACAAGAAUCUUCUGAAACCGAUGCUUUGUUGUACGAAUCUGCCUUGGAAGUCUUGGUCAACUUGUCCCUCGCUUUGGAGGGUGACUUCGCCAAGAUCUUCACCUCCUUCAAGGACAUCAUGUUGACUAACCUCGCCUCCAAGUCUAAGACCAUUAGAGUCAGCUCUUCCGGUGCUUUGGCUGAAAUUGUUGGCGGUUUGAAGUCCAACAACCCAUUCAGUAACGAUUUGUUGCAAAUCUUCAUUGACAGAGCUACCAAUGACAAGUCUUUGGAAGUUAAGGGUAAUGCUGCUUACGGUAUUGGUUUGAUUGUUGAACACAGUACCGUCGAUCUUUCUUCUACCUACCCAACUUUAUUGCAAUUGUUAUUCCAAUUGUUGAGCAAGGCUGACAGAAAGGCUGACACCGACGAUGAAGAAACCAAGGAUGUGGUUAACAGAUCCUAUGCCAAUGCUGCUGGAUGUGCUGCUAGAUUGGCCUUGAAGCAUGAAUCCGCAGUUCCAUUGGAACACGUCAUUGGUCCAUUGUUGGCUCACUUGCCAUUGGAAACUGGUUUGGAAGAAAAUGCUCCAAUCUUCAAGUUGAUCAUUAAAUUGUACGAAUCCCAAAACGAAGUUAUCGUUGCUCAAACCCAGCAAGUUGUCGGAAUCUUCUCUAAGGUCUUCUUAGCUGAAGCUGAGAGAAUCAAGUUGAUCAACGAAUCCACCUUAGGUAGAGAGGAAAACAUUGAAAACAUGAAGCAAUUUGCCAGUGAAGACUUGAAGGCCAAGGUUGUUGAAUUAUUGAAAUUCUUGGAUCAAAAGUUUGCCGGUGUGGUCAGCUCUGAUCCAGUUUUGAAGACUGUUAUUGCUUAGGCUAUCACUUCUAGCCCACAGUCAACGGACUCGAAUACCAGACGAACCCGAGUGACUGAAUUGUCAUAUUAUUUUCUUCUUGUUAAUUGUCAUUGAUCAUAUAUAUCCAUUUAAUAAAUUGUACGAUAAAUUAAGGAACAUGUCCCG